UUAUUUAAUUCUAAAAAUUUAUAAAAAAGAUAUAUGAUAUUAUGAUGGAUGGAAUUUUCCGAAAUAUAUGACGAUACAUGCUCUACUGUUGGCAAGCUAGCUAAGGAAGGAAAUUAUAUUGUCCUAAAAAAAUUACUUGAAGAUGGAGCGGUUUAUGAUGCUGCAAAUAAUCAAGGAUGGUUACCUUUGCAUGAGGCUUCAGCUUGUGGCAAUAUAGAAUGUGUUAAAUUAUUAUUAAAACAAAAUAGAAAAAUGAUUGAUUCUCAGACACAUGAAGGCAUGACCCCCUUUCAUCUUGCUGUUGCUAGUAGAUAUUUGAAUGUAGUAAGAUUACUAAUUAAGAUGAAUUGUGACGUUAAUAUAUUAAAUCAUGAAUUAUGUUCACCAUUAUAUACUGCAGUAGUGUGUGAUGAUAUUAUAGUUGUUAAUCUUUUAAUACAAAAUGGUGCUAAUAUUAACCUAGUAUCUUGUUAUCAUUACACCCCAUUAUUAGAAGCUGUUGAUAAAGGUAGUUUUGAAGUUGUUAAUAUAUUAUUAAAGAAUGGAGCUGAUGUUUUGUGCAAAGAUUCUUAUAAUAGGAAUGCAAUAUUUAUUGCUGCUCAAAAUGGACAUUAUGAAAUUUUGAAAUUGAUUUUAGAAAUUAUUGUUGAUCGGACAGAUAAAAUGGGAAUAAUCAACUGUCAAACUAGUGAUGGUGCAACUCCACUUUUUAUAGCAGCUCAAUAUAAUUUUGUGAAGUGUGUUAAGGAGUUGUUAAAAUGGAAAGCAGAUUCAAAUAUAAAAGGCUACGAUGGAAGUUUGCCUCUGCAUAUGGCUUGCCUUAAGGAGAACAAGGAUUGUAUAAAGUGCUUGCUACCACCAGUUUCCAACAUUAUUGGGCUUCAAUCUAAGGAUGUUAUCAACAUUUUUCUAUUCCUUAUAGACCAUUAUAAAGACUCUUCAAUAAAUAUACUUUUAUCAAAUUACCAUUUUUCUUUGGAAAACUUUUUGAUCGACAUUAAUCUACAUCUACAGUUAGAAGAAAUUAUUUAUGAUUAUACUCAACAAGGGAUAUACUUUUUUUCUCCACUAUCGUACUCUAUAUUUGAAAAAAAAAUUACAAUUUUUCAAUCAUUUUUCGAAUAUGAUGAAUCGUCCACUUGCAGCUAUGUCUCCAGUUCCCAAAUAAUAGACCACCUUGCCGCUUCCAUAUUAUCGUCCUCUAACAUCCCAUUUAAAUACAUUAGAACUCUUUUAUCCACCAUCAAACUAGUUAAUCCCGCUUAUUUAAUAUAUAUGUUACCCGUUUUUACUUGGUGCAAUUCAACCACAUUCGACGUUAUAUUCGACUUUAUAAAAAUUGGGUACUUGGAUCCUGACCUGCCCAUUGACCAUUAUUUUGGAGAAAUUACCCAUAAACCGGAUAUAGAUUAUGCGAGAUUUACGCGGACCAAAGAUCGGCGUACGCUUUUAGAUCACAGUCGAGAUUACCUGGAAAAUCAUGUUAACACAAAAGAACCGGAAGUUACAAAUACAAGCGCAAACAAUUUCAAAAGCAUAAUGCAAAACUAUUAUGGAAGAGCAUAUCCAAUCAUGUUAAAAUUCUCAACUCGAUCGUGCAACUACCCAAGAGCCGAUUUGCUGAUAGACAGUAAUACCGCUUAUGAUGGUUCUCUGGAGCCUAAAAAUAUAGCGAAUUUACAACACAUGUGCCGCCUUCGAUUGAGACGAUGGUAUUUGUUUAGUCCUCCAAAUUCCUCUAUAAAAUUAGAAUACAUACAUCUUUGCAUGCCCCAAUAUUCGUGGGACGAUCAUAUUAUCGAAGACGCGUCAUCAUCUCUCCAUUGUUUGCCUCAAGUCAUCAAAAAUUAUAUCGCGUUUAAGGAUUGUAGAAUAUAAAUUCUUUUAGAUGUUAUUAUUUGCUUCGAUUGUAAUACACUAUUUAUAUACUUUUUUUUAAUACUCAUUUUAUUAAAUAACUAAGGAAUUAAUUGAAAAAUAA